CAAACAUCCCUCCCCAAAACACACCCCCCAUCAUCGCAAUCAGCCAGAACAUCAAUCUCCCCUCGUUUCCUUCUCUCUGUAGAUACCAGAAUUCUCAGCCAUGUUGCGCAACACAGCCCUACGGGCCGCAAGAUUGGCUGUCCCCGCUUCUCCCUCUACUUCUGUCCUGGUUCGUCAUGUUCCUGCUGCUACCGGAGUCGUCCAAUCCCGCAGCGCUAGUCACGCCGUAUCGAACGUUACCCUCGCCGAUAUCGAGAAGAGAUGGGAGUCCAUGCCUCCGAACGAGCAGGCCGAUUUAUGGAUGUCUUUGAGAGAUAGAAUGAAGGGUUCCUGGGGUGAAUUGACUCUGCAGGAAAAGAAAGCCUCCUACUGGAUCGCUUUCGGUCCUCACGGCCCCCGCGCCAUCCCCCCCGCAGAUGAGGGCAGGAAGGUUCUUUACUAUACCCUCGCUGGUCUUGCUGCCUCGUUUGCUCUCUUCUACGGUACCCUCUCUUAGUAUCGCGUUGUGGGGGGUUUUCAUGGUGGAUGCGAUUUAGUAUUCGGGGGAUGCUAUUGAAACAAGAACAAAAAAAGAAAAAAAGAAAAGAUAAAACGGUACGGACAGACAGAUAUCUUUUGUGCGAAUUAUCUUUUACCUAGUCAAUUACAAAGCGAUCGUCAAUUUCUUCAUCAAACCCUCCACGUUUACCCCCCACCCUUCCACCUGUAUCUCCUAAACCGCUGUAAAAUUUAUCCUCCAUGGUUCUCAUUUGUUUUCCUCCCAGGUCUUUUCUGUAAGUAGCAUUGAAAUAGAAGCCCUUUUGGCUUUUUCCUAAA